AUGAACCCAGAAGUUAUUAAAGCAAGCUUAGUGCAUACUUUUCUCAAGCAGCCUCGUUUCUGUAGUUUGCAGGUUGAAGAUAAGACAGUUAAAGGGGGGCUAAAAUGGUUUAAUCUGAAAGAAGUGAACUUAGACAAUUAUCUUAUAGUUCCAAAUCUGGAUAUAAAUAAUAUUGAAUCACCUGAUAAGUUUGUGGAAGAUUACGUCUCCAACCUGAGCAAAACUGGAAUUAAAAUGCCACUGCCAAUGUGGGAUAUCCAUCUCCUCAACCUGAAAACCACUGGUGCUGAAUCCGUCACUGUUUUUCGAGUCCACCACUCCCUCGGUGAUGGAAUUUCGCUUAUGUCUCUUUUCGUUGCUUGUACUCGUAAGAUUUCUAACCCAAACGAACCUCCCACCAUUCCAAUGGUUAAGAAAGUAAAUCCCAGCAAAUCUUCUGAAGGGUUUUGGGGAAAAUUCAUCAAAUUAUGGUUGGCUAUCUUGCUCUUUUGGAACACUCUUGUAGAUGUUUCCAUGUUUAUUGCUACCUCAUUAUCUCUCUUAAAUGAUACUAAAACGCCCCUUAAGGGUCCCUUGAGCCAAUCUCGGCGAUUUGUUCGUAGAUCAACAAUCAAUGAUGUUAUGCUAGCAGUCACUGAAGCAGGCUUAUCUCGUUAUCUCAAUCGAAAAUAUGGUGUGCUUGUAACCUGA